AUGGCAAUAACUUACAUUAAGAAUCAGAAUUGGUGGGUUUUCCUUGUUAUGAAAUACAGCACCAACCGGUUGAAACAGUGCGUUGACGUUGAUGCAACUCUCGAGGAUGAGGAAUCUUUAGAUCAUUAUGACCAACCAUGUGAAGAUGAACUUAGUGCACUACUAAGCAAUGACCUAUCAGUUCCCUACAUCCCCACAGUGAAUUUUGAAACAACUGCCAAAACUGAGUUAGAAAAUGGUUGCCAAAAUCAACCACUUCCAACUGCAGGCGAGAAUGAGACAAACAAAGAAAGUAAAUGGGUGUUGGAUUAUUUGGACCGAAUACCAGACGUUCUUCAAGAUGAAAUGGUUCACACUGAAAAAGAAAUGGAAGAACAUGACGAUGAACUAUAG